UAAUUUUCAAAACACCCGGCAGGGACUUCGAAUGUAGAAGUCUGAGCGACUUGGCGGUGACUUGCCACUGCGCUACUCUGCUCCCAGGCUACUCAGCACCGGGAAAUAUCGGCCGGCUAAUGUCUUCCAUCUGGCUUACUAGACGCCUAGUCGACCCCGCGCAGUCGCGGACUCGCUCUACGCCGAGGAGAGUUCAGGCGAGUCAACCUAGCAUGGCGCCAUCCUCCACCGCCGGAAUACCUAGGAUACGCAGUGAUGAUGGUCAGUGUUUCAUUAUUUAUGGUGUCAAAACUGUCAAUUUUCCUAUAUUCAUUUGAUACUUGUAGUUAUUGAUCUAUAAUUUGUUGAAAUGCUUCAAAGUUUUUGAAAUGUGAAUUGGACAUUUGGACAUUCUCCAAUUCGUUUGUGGUAUUGGCUCACUUCUCUGCAGAUACAAGUAUUGCUACUAAUUUUACAUCUUACAAAAGGUUAAACUAUUGAGAUUAGUUUUUCCUUUAAUAUGAAAAGUAUGAGGGCCACAGAAUUGCUUAAUGGUAGUACUUUUAUGCCAAUGAUUUGUUAUCAGGCAUGCCUGUCACAUGCACAUUGUGCAGGACCAUUUUCGUCAGAUAUGCACAUAGAUAAGCAUAAAGACGAAGGUUUUUCAUUUUAGGCCUUAUCAUUACGGUACUACUGGAAAGGAUGCUGGAUUAAAAUUAGAAACUGGUUAUGAAUUAUGAUGCUACUGCUGCUAUCUCCUUUAAGAACCCUUUCCUUUGUUCUUCUAUUCACAGCACAACUUCCGCUACUCUUCUCUGGGUUUAUCUCAGACCUCCCUCCUGCAUCACAAGUGAAAAGCUAGACACCAACUAGAGACAUGAGGCAAAUGUUUGGUGGACCUGGGAAGAUUAGCGGGCUAGUACUUCGGAUAUUUCGGUGCAUUUUCGCUGCAGUUUCUGUUUCCAUUAGUUUUUCUGCUCCUGGACUAACAGAAGUUACACCUUUCAGAGUCCUACUGAUUCAACAGUGUGUUGAAACUACGUGGAGCUUUGUGCUUGUAUGCUGUGAUCUUAAGGUUGUGGUGUUUCAGGGGAACCUACCCUCUCAUUUCCAUGUGAUGGUGACUCUUGUUAUUGAUUGGGUUGUUUUAACCUUGUCGCUAGGAGCUAUAUCCUCAGCCGUGGCAGUGAUUCAGUUGAUUGCUACAAACUCCAUUUGCUACAAGGAGCACGAGUACAUUUGCCGACGCUACAUGCUGUCGGUUGGCAUGGAUUUUAUUGCUAUGGUUUUCCAUGCAAUUUCGGCUCUUGUCUUGUCAUGGAUUGUAGCUUCCUCGAUAUUGCCCAGAGCAGUGUAAAUGAUUGAUGAUUGCUGCAUUAGUUAGGUGCCCACCUGCUCCAUAUAGCAGUGUGCUUAUUAUUAGUUUUAUUAUUUAGUCCACACCUUACUGUUGCUGCAGUUGUAAUUUUAACAACGUAGUACAGUAGAGAUUCAAGUAUUACAGUACGUUAAUUAGUUGGAAAAAAUGGAGUACGCCAAUGUGUCAAGUUUGUGUGAAUUUUUAUAGAGAUGAUAUAUUAGCCCACCAUUAAAAAAUAAGUCUAUUUUUUUCUUA